AUGGAGCCCACAGUUCUGAUCAUAGGAGGAGGUACCUUUGGCACUUCCAUCGCGUAUCAUCUGGCACAGAAAUACAAGGAUCCAUCGAAAGUGACAUUGGUGGACAGGGAACCUUCGCCGCCGAAGCAAGCAGCUGCGAUUGAUAUCAACAGAGCUAUUCGCACAGACUACCCGAAUCAGCUAUACUGCAACCUCGCCUAUGAAGCGAUCCAUCCAUGGUUCUGGAGCAUCGAGCUGGGCCAUUUCUUCCACAAAGUCGGCUGGCUCUACCUGAAUGAGGAAGGGAGCGAUGUUUCUGAUAGAAUCAAUGCGACUUUCAAGGGCCGUGGAUCCAACUGCGCUGAAAAUGUGCCACUCGACGACUUGCCUAUGAAAUGGGGCGGAGUGCUGAAAGGAACGGAGAUGAGAGGAUUCAAUGGGGCGUACUUCAACCCCGAAGCGGGAUGGGUCAACGCUGCUGGCGCGACAGCGAGCUUUAUGGCAGCCGCUGUGAAGCGUGGCGUGAACAGGGUGACGGCUCAGGCAUCAGAACUCGUUCUCGAUGCGAGAGAUGGGAGGAUCAGCGGAGUCCGUCUUGCAGAUGGCAGGCUUUUGACUGGCGACAAAGUAGUGCUGGCGACAGGAGCUUGGACGAGCAGCAUGUUGUCGCCAAUCGAAGACGCACUGCAUAUACCUGACCAGGACAGGAUUGAGCAGCAAGCCAGAUGCACAGGAACCAUCUCCGCCUACUACAAGAUGUCCGAAGGAGAGAUCGACCGCAUAAAUAAAGCAAACACGCCAGUGAUCGUCUACGGUGGGAAUGGGGAGAUAUUUUCUCCUUCGAAGGAGAACAACCUCAUGAAGGUUUCGAACUCCAGGACAACCUUCACCAACACCGUCACAACCAAGUCUGGACACAAGAUCUCCGCACCACGAGCCGAUCAGUACAAUAUUCCCGAUGCGCUCAAGCGUGAAACAGAGGACAUCAUAGCAUCAAAGAUCCUACAAGAGUUCACUCGCGGAAAGAAGCCGGACUACUGGCGCAUCUGCUACGAUGCCCAAACGCCCACCGAGGAUUUGCUCAUGUGUAAGCAUCCACACCCGAAGCUCAGCCACCUAUAUCUCGCUGUUGGUGGUAGCUUCCACAGUUACAAGUUCAUGCCCGUUGCUGGCAAGUACAUGAUCAAUAUCCUGGACGGCGAGAGUAAUGGCGAGGAUAAAGACAGGGCGUGGGCAUGGAAGACUGACCCCAAUUGGACUGAUGUUCGCGAGUUUGGACUGCUAAGUGGCAAGGCUGUUGCGAAGGUGGAACUUCGAGAGCUUGAAAGUGGCCAGGUUAAGUUGUAA